AUGGAUUAUCCAAUACGUAUGUGUGGUAAUGAAUUUUUAAAAAAUCUUAAACGUGUUUGUUCUAUACGUGGAAUAUAUACACCAAUUAAUCGUUUAAAAAGAUCAUCGUCAUCGUCAUCAUCAUCAUCAUCAUCAUCAUCAGAACAAUAUUAUAAUUUAGAAAGAAUUUUAUAUCGACAAAAACGUUUGAUGAUUUGUGUACAUUAUAUACAAUUUAUGAACCAGAUCAAGUUGUAA